AUGAGCGAAUCAAGGACAAUCUUUUUCGGAAGCCGCGGGGAGUCUUCGCAGUCAUCCGAUUCCUUCAGUCUACCGGGAGAGCUAAGAACUCCAGUGUCCGAAGGUUGGCCAGAUUUAUGGAGUGCCGCAACUCUGGGAAACUAUUCGUCACUGAUAUGGCAAGGAUAUCGUCGACUCAUCCAAAUGAGUGACUUAAUUCCACUGCAGAAGAAAUACACUAGCGAGUAUUGUUGGGAAGCUUUCCGAAGUCAAUGGAUUGGAGAGCGGAGAAAAAGGUGGUAUUCAGAAUUAUUCCCCAUUGGGUUGCAACACAGAGCUCGAUCCGAUCCUCGGGUGUGGCAGAAAACGAUCGAUAAAACUCAAAGCGAGUCCAUUUCCAGCGUGGAAACUCGGUCGAGAGCCCCUACCAAGAAUGACCCGGCAGCCAGGUCUAUGUCUAAGAUACUCAUGAAGGCGUUCUGGGAAUUCGUGAUCUGUAGCUCUCUGCUUGAAUUACUGUUCGAUGUUGCACGACUACUCCCCGUAGUCGCCUUGAGCAAUAUGAUUCAAUUCGUGGAUUCCACGGAGCCGCACACCGUCGGGUAUGGAUACUGCGCUUAUCUACUGGUGAACAACGUGGGAAUCGCCUUCCUGCUGAACUGGCUGAAUUUCUCAUGCGCGACCGGUGGCGCCCAGAUACGGUCUGCCCUCAUCGGGGCCAUUUAUCAAAAAAGCCUCUCGGUAACGUACAUCGAGAGCCGGAAAUUCACGACGGGGAACCUGCUGAACUUGAUGUCGGUCGAUGUUGACAACGUAUUCGAGUUCCUGCAAUUCUCAACCUUGAUCUGGGGGAGCUUCGUUCGGGUAUUGAGUUCCAUCGCCGUCGUAUGGUUGUACUUAGGACCGUCCUGUCUCGCUGGGAUCCUCGUCAUAAUACUUUGUCUACCUCUGACCGUUUUCAUCAGUACUGCGACAACGAGGUUCCAGAAUAUGCAAUCGACGGAGAAGGACAAGAGAUUAGAAGCCUUGAAUGACCUUCUUUCGGGAAUGAAAAUCAUAAAACUCUUCGCCUGGGAGAAAGCCUUCAUCAAGAAAGUCGAGGAUAUCCGCUCGCGCGAAGUCGAUUGGCUGCGAAAGUACCUCCUCGGCCAGACUACGAUAAUGUUCAUUUGGGAUUGUGGAUUGUUCUUGGUGUCAACCGCAGCUUUUGGAACCUAUAUUCUGGUCGAUAAGAAAAACAUUCUGAGCGCUGACAAGGCAUUCAUAUCGCUCUUCUUGUUUAACAACAUGAAGUGGGCGAUUAUAUUCUUCCCGAUAAAUGUAACCCUACUCCUGAAAGCCUUGGUUUCUCUGGACAGAAUCAAAAGCUACCUCAUGCUCGAGGAAGUGAAACGAUCUGACAUCUCUCACUCGUUGGAUCCAGGCGAGGAUAUCCGUUUGCUGAGCUUGGACGCAGCCUGGCUGGGGACGACUCCGCUCUUGACGGGUUUGAAUUUCUCCGUCAGAUCCGGGGAGCUUCUGGCCGUCUGUGGACGGAUGGGGUCUGGAAAAUCAUCGCUGCUGCAUGCGAUACUCGGUGAAAUGAAAAUACUCAGUGGCAGCCUAAGCGUCAGAAAUGAACCAAUCGCCUACGUUGGACAGCAAGCUUGGAUCCAAAACGAAACCGUGCGACAGAACAUCUUGUUUACGGCAUCCUACGAGCCGGCGUGGUACAAACAAGUUCUGCACAAGUGUUGCUUGGACUCAGAUAUCGAGAGGUUCGCAGGAGGCGAUUUGACUGAAAUCGGGGAACGAGGCGUCAAUCUCUCAGGCGGACAGAAACAAAGGAUAAGUCUCGCGCGAGCCGUUUACCAGAGAGCGAGCAUCUACCUUCUCGAUGAUUCGUUGAGUGCACUGGAUGCUCACGUGUCUUCUGAUCUGUUCCGGAACGUCAUUGGACCCGGCGGUGUGCUGGGGAGCGUAACACGAAUCUUCGUUACGCAAUCGAUGUCGCUCCUUCCGUUCGUCGAUAGGAUUAUCUUCCUCGAUGAUGGAAAGAUUGAACACAUCGGCACCUAUGAAGAAAUUUCAGAGAAAAACAGACUCGUGAAAAACAUGUCGAAGACAUCGAAGCCGAGAUCGAGUAUGCUUUUCGAAACUUCUCGAACUGAAUCGACCGAAUCCAAAGAGGGGACCGAGAAACACGCGCUGAGUGGAAACACUGAUGCGAAAAAGCAGGCCAAUGAAUUCCCUAGGCUCGGAGCCGCCACCCUGAUCGAGGAAGAGAAAAUCGCAAUCGGGGCUAUCCAGUGUUCCGUAUACAUGACUCUUUUGCGCCACUUCGGGAGAUUCAUGGGAAUUCUCGUCGCGGCUGGAUUCUCGCUUCAUCGAUUCCUUGAGGUUUAUUCGACGAUCUGGCUUGGCCAUUGGACAGACGAUGCGGGACGGAUUGUGAAGAACUCCAGUAGGCCUGAGGACGCCUUCUCCCCCCAUGGCCCUGAAGCUCUGGAUGAGAUCCGCGAUUUGUCGGUGUCCAGGAUCCUCGGUUACUUCUACAUCGGUGCAGGCCAAGCGCUGUCGGUGAUGUUCGCUGGAGUGUGUCUCGCCAUGGGUUGUCUCACAGCUUCCACGAAACUUCAUUCUGCGAUGCUGUGGGAAAUCCUGAGGGCUCCGAUGAUGUUCUUCGAUUCGACGCCUCUCGGAAGGAUUCUGAACAGGUUCGGAAAAGACGUCAAUGUUCUUGAUCUCGAGCUGUACAUACAUCUGGACGAAUGGAUCGAUGCGUCAUCCCAGGUCGUUUCGACCCUAAUCCUGAUCAGCAUCCAAAUACCCAUGGUUCUCCUCCUCGUGAUCCCCGUAAGCGUCGUCUACGCUUUCCUACAGAAGAUCUACAUCGGCGCCGCCCGUCAAUUCCGCCGUCUCCUUUCGACUACAAGAUCUCCAGUGCUGAACCUCUUCUCAGAAUCGAUCAACGGUAUACUGACCAUCAGAGCCUACAGAAAGGAGGUCUACUUCGCGCGGAAGUGCCAAGUCAGGGUCGACGUGAAUCAGAAUUGUUAUUUCCAUUCAAUAGCUGCUUCAAGCUGGGCUGGUCUGCGGGCGGACAUCCUGUCCGCCUUUAUAACAGCAAUCAUAUGCGGCUUGGUGGUGCUCUACCGCGACGUCGUCAGCGCAGGAGUUGCGGGAAUGGUGCUUUCGUAUUUGCUGCUGGUUUGUGACUCGAUAAGCUGGAUGAUCAUUGUCUCAAUCGACGUGGAGAAGGCCGUCGUUGCAGCCGAAAGGAUCGAGGAGUACGUACGAGUGAAGAACGAAGCACCCUGGGAGGUUGAAAAUGGAGCAGUCCUCGCCAAAGAUUGGCCAACUCAUGGGAAAAUCUCCUUCGUCCAUUAUUCUACGAGAUACAGAGAGGGAGCCGGAGAAACCUUGAAGGACAUAAACCUUGAAAUAAGGCCCGGUGAAAAAGUGGGUGUAAUCGGCCGGACUGGCGCCGGUAAGAGCACUUUGGCUCUCGCCCUAUUCAGAAUCCUAGAGGCGACUAGUGGCGCGAUCUUCAUCGAUGACAUCGACAUAUCCAAACUGGGGCUUCAUGAUCUUCGCGGAAGGCUCACGAUGAUCCCACAAGAACCUGCUCUUUUCCAAGGGACGAUACGCUCGAACCUGGACCCUGAAGAACGCUACACCGACGGAGCACUAAGCCGGGCUCUACAAAGUGCGCAUCUGAAUAAUCAUCUGACGGACCUGGAGCACGAGGUCGCUGAAGGUGGUGAAAAUCUAUCCGUGGGCGAGAGGCAACUCAUUUGCUUGGCGAGAGCACUCCUGAGAAAAUCAAGAAUUAUCGUGAUGGACGAGGCGACAGCUGCCAUCGACCCGCAGACCGACGCGCUCAUCCAGGAAACGAUCAAGAGAGACUUCGAAGAAUGUACGGUCAUCACCAUAGCUCACAGACUCCACACAGUCGUACACUAUGACAAGAUUGUCGUGCUCAGCCGUGGCGAAAUAACGGAAAUCGGUAGACCGAAAGAACUGCUGCGAAAUAGAAAUUCUUCCUUCCAUUCGAUGGCCGAAGAGUCGGGUUUGAUCUGA